UAUCUUAUAACUUUAGAUAGUUACAAACAAUAUUGGCUAAAAAAAUUAGCAAUGUCAAUAAGUUAUAACAAUCAGAUUAUUAGAAGUACCUAGUAAUCUGAAAAAAAAAACAUGAAUUGCUUGUAACAUAAACUAUUAAAAUUUGUGCACUUAUUGUAUAACAGGACCCGAAAAUAUAUACAUUUGAUAGCAAUAAUAAUCAAUACAUGCGGUAGAAUUAAACAGGAAAUAAGCCAUCCCGGUGAUAUGUGUGAUAAAUCGUUCAUUCAGAGUAGUAAUUUAACAGCACACCAUCGCACGCACAUGGCAGAAAGACCAUACUCGUGUAACGUUUGUGGCCAAUCAUUUUCUCGAAACAGUAAUCUAAAAGUUCAUCAACGAACUCACACGAAAGAAAAGCCAUACCAAUGUAAAGUUUGUGGCAAAUCGUUCACUCGGAGUAGUCAUCUAACAGUACACAAUCGAACGCACACGGGAGAAAAACCUUUCUCAUAUAACGUUUGUGACAAAUCGUUCACUCAGAGUAAUCAUCUAACAGUACACAAUCGAACGCACACGGGAGAAAAACCUUUCUCAUGUAACGUUUGUGGCAAAUCGUUCACUCAGAGAAAUCAUCUAACAGUACACAAUCGAACGCACACGGGAGAAAAACCUUUCUCAUAUAACGUUUGUGACAAAUCGUUUGCUCACAAUUGUGUCCUGAAAGUUCAUCAACAAACUCACACGGAAGAAAAUCCAUACCAGUGUAACGUUUGUGGAAAAUCUCAAAGCAAUAAACUGAUAGAUCAUCAGCGAGCGCACACGGGAGAGAAGUCAUAAGACGUGUGCAAUAAGAGGUUUGCAAUUUACCAACAAGGAACAACUUAUUGAACUCUGCUGUAUUUACAAAUGAGAUAAGUUAUAUCAAUCAAACCAGUGAGAUGAUUCGUUCGCACAAAGCGCGAGUUUGUGAAUUGUGAGUAAUAAUAAUAUGUACCUACGCAAUCGGCUGCAAGCUGCAGCGGUGACAAGGAAGAAGAUGACGACGCAACGACCGGGUUUCGUGUCGGCAAAACAGAAACGAAAUAUUUUUUUAAAAAAAUAUGUAUAUAUUAUAAGAAACAUUGAUUAUUAUAUACACAUAUAUAUAAAACAGACAGGGAAGAUCGAGAGGACUCGAG